AUGAAAACUACAGCAACGGUUAGCAAGCGUAAUGUGGCCAAGUCGUUUACGACAUCAAAUCACAUUCCUAAAUUGAAAAAACAACUCUACAGAAAUUCGGCUCAGCCAAAGACGUCGACGGUGAUUUCGCACUCAACUAUAGGAUGCGCACAACACAACGUGGGUACCGUAGACCAAGUUAUUCAAGAGGGAAAGUUAUUUAAGGCCUCGGGUAAAAUGCCAAAUGUAGUGUUGUCGUGUUUGCUGGAAAAUGGCUGGAUUGGGAGACUGACUGACGAUGCAAAAAGCGUAAAAACAGUGUCGUUGCAUAAAAAUAUGCAGCGGGCUAAUGUGGUGUCUAAGAAAUACGAUGCUGGAUUGAUCUGGUUGGAUGAAAAGAAUUUUCGAUUAGACUGGACGAAACUGGAUUCGAGUGUUAUCGUCAACAGGUUCCCGCGGAACAGCAGUGUAUUAAAAUUGUGCAGUAGUUCAAUGGUUACAAGCAAAUGUGAACUUUUUGACGAACCAGGGCCAUUUGACAAGUUUUUCCCUAGAACUUACGCAACUGACAUGGGCAACAGUUCCAAUCAGCUCGUCAUUGAUUUUUCGUUGACAUCGUGCAUAUCGAUUUUGCGGUUUUUUGUCUCUGAAGAGAGGAAUGUAAAAUUCGCAAAAAACGGAGAGGUUCCUUUGUCAACAAUCCGGUUUGCGUUGUCUUCGUGUCAGCGAUUCAUUGUUGAUGGCGUUCAUUCGGAAGAUUUUUUCAUCGACAACGAAUCUGACUGGGCGACGUUCUUUGAAAAUAUUCAUAAAAGUAUCAACUGCAACAAGGCGUUUCUGGUGUCGGAGGACCAUCAAGAGAUACUGGAAGAGUUGAAAGAAAAGAGUAGGUCGUUGCUCAAAACAGUGUGGUUCACACGGCCGCAAACCUCCAUAGACGGAUACAACAACUUUUGGAUAGUCAAGUCCAAGUAUCAAACAAACGAAAAUCCAAUUCUGCUCAACAAGUUGGAAGAUAUAACAAGCUUGUGCUUGCAACUAAAUAAUACCGACUACGUGGUCCAAAAAUAUAUAGAAACACCAUUGUUGUCUGGCAACAAUACCAAGUUCAGUAUAAACACGUGGAUUGUGGUCUCCACGUUGGACGACCGUCUGACCGUUUGGUUGUAUCAAACGUGUUGCAUUCGAUAUUGCCUGCACGAGUUUACUCUAUCCAACGGGUUACCAUUCGCUCAUUACACUAAUCCCAAAUCAAAAUUGACAUUGCACCCUACAAUUAGCACUUGUUCAUUCAAACGAUUAAAACGAGAAUUAAAAAAAGCAGGAAUUAAAAAAAAAUUCGAGUUGCAAGCGUUGGUUUCGAAAAUUCGCAAAGCAAUCGUGACGGCGGUGACAGCUAAUUUGGAAACCCUUAACUGUAGGCCCAACUGCGUUGAACUAUUUCGGGCGUCAUUUGUUUUAGCCGAAGAUUUUCAUCCGUGGUUAAUCGAAAUCGAAUCGGAUUCUACUCUUUCGUACAAAUCACGUUCGGUGUCAGGCGUGCCCGAAGGGUUGUCUAAAGGUUUUAUUGAGAUAAUUAUAAACAAAUGUAAAAAAUCUAAGAUAGGCAUGUACGACCUGAUACACGAAAGCUCGAUACCACAAGGAUUUGAGCCAUGUGCCUACGUGUACGAAAAAAUAGCCGCCUAUAAACGGUUUAAGUCCUUCGUAUUAGCCGAACAGACCAUUAACGAAGAAUCGGGUAAACAACCAGCGUACGGUUGGGACAGUUUUGACUUGAUCGGUGGAACAUAUAUGGAAGAGAUUCCGAUGAACAACGAAGUCGACGAUGAGCUGAAAUCGGAAACAAUUAAAUGUACAACUGAUCUAGAAAUCAAAGCAAACGUCACACAGAAAGUGCUCCCAGUUCGAUUAUCUUUGGCAGACCUCAAGGAAUCGAUGACUCGGCUCAAGACAGGGUCGAAGAUUGAUUCCGACGAAGCGACGCGUUGUUUGAUUCUGCUUGACAAAUGGAAGACUAGAGUUAGUUCAAUUCAAAGUUUUUACAAAAAGGUUUUAGUUAACAAUAUGAAUCAUUAA